CAGGAAAUAAGGAAUGUUUGCAGGAUAACUGAAGUGUGUGGCCAGGAAAGCAGCGACCCCGGCGGCAGACCCUCGCUGCAGCCAUGGGAAAGAGAUACUUGUGCGACUACUGCGAUCGGUCCUUCCAGGACAACAUGCAUAACCGCAAGAAGCACCUGGACGGAGUCCAGCAUCACAGAGCCAAAAAGGCUUGGUUCGACCUCUUCAGAGACGCAGCUCUGAUCUUAGCCGAUGAACAAGCUAAAAAACCAUGCAGGAAGUUUCUGCAGACAGGUCAGUGUGUGUUCGGUAUGAACUGCAGAUUCUCUCACCUGACAGAGGAAGACAUGGAAAGAUUAAAAGAACAAAUUGAAGAGGAACGAAGAGCCAAAGAGGAUCCCAGUGAGGCCAGGGAAUCCACUGAAAGGAGCAUUGAGGACUGGCUGGCCAGGAGAGAGAAGAGGGGCAAGGCCACAGACAGCAGCAGCGUUCUUCAAGUGGAAGAAGCGGAGAGUUCAUUUGGAGCCGAGCUUCCGGCACAUCUCAUGUCAUUCCCAGAUCUCCCGGCCUCUUUGCUCCCUCCCCCUCCUGGGGGGUGGAAGAACAUACCCGUCACAGAGUGGGGAUGAACAAACUGCACAGCCCUGAGACGCUGAGCUGUGAUGAAUGCUCAGCCUGGGUUUCCAUUCUUUCAACCCUCGUACUGUGGGUGUCCACAGGGCAGGGACUAAACAAAUGCAUGGAAGAGUUAGUGCCCACUGCCUUUCUUGCCCUGUGCUGGCACAUUGAUUACUACAAAACACUUCAAAUUACAUACAAACUCCUCCAGAAGAGGGCAGCAAUUAAUGGAAAUGAAUCUGGCCUUUUCCAAAUGUCUAUGUAGUCUGUUUUCACCCAAAGGUUGAACCGCACAAGCAUGCUGCCAUUGCCCAUGCUUGUCAGACGUUCUCUCAGUCAACACCUCAGGAGUUGUGUGGCGCACACAGGCUCAUCAAGUGUCGAUUUACAGCGUAUUCAUUUUUUAUAUUUUGUAUCUUUUUUUUCUUUCUUUGGCAUCGCUAAGGUCAUGUGUGCUUGCUCCUAAACUGCUAGUGUGUAGGGAUGAAGAAGCAACUACUGUUUUAAAAUAAACAUAACAUUAAAGCACAAAA